GUUGUGAAAAGAAUUUAAAAACAAUGCUUUUCUUUCACUUUGUAGGGAAAAAAAGAAAACAUGCUGAUCUUUACUUCACUAUGUCUUCUCCUCUGGCUGCAGUUCAAAGGGGUGGAGUCUAAAGUAAUACCAUUAGGAUUUUAUGAAGAAUCGAUUGACGACAUGUACUCUGACUGCAAAGACAAGAUGGAGAAAAUGGUUUUUGACAAGUACUCUGAAGAACUGACAGAGAAGGGAUAUGGAACGUACUGGGAAAGUGCAAAAUACUUGAUACAAGAAGAUAACACCAUUCUGACUUCACAGGAAAUGCAAGCAAUUGUUGUUUACACGGGAACUGCAGCAUAUUCAGCUCUUAACAGAGCAGUCAGAAGUGGUGGAAACACAUACGGCACUUCAUUUAAGUUCCACAUUUUACAUUUCUUGCUCGCAUCAGCUUUACAGAAACUAAAAAAAGCUGACAGUGGUAUUUGCUAUACCACUUACAGACGAAGCGCAAUGAAAUUUAAAAUAAUGCAGAAAAAAAUGCGAUUUGGUAGUUUUGCAUCCAGCUCUCUGCAACCUGACAUGACACAAUUCGGUCAAGAGAGCUGCUUUAAAAUUGAAACCUGUCAUGGUGCAGCGGUGGAACAAUAUUCAGCUUAUCCUGCAGAGAGAGAGGUGCUUAUACCUCCCUAUGAGGUGUUUACGUUUGUAAAGAGAAAGGUUGCAGAGCUGAGGGAUUGUAGAACUGUUUAUGUCUUGAAGAGUGCUGGCACUCACAGCAAUCUGGAUUGCAACUUAGUUAAAUAAUUUAUCUCAAUGCUUGGGAGUAUCUAGGUUUUGACCAUAUAUGUGUAAAACCUCAUUCUUAUAAAUUAUACCAUUACAUGUAUUGCAAAACAUUGAUAUUAUCUUUGCUUUAUGUGAUUCUAUGCUUCUGUGAAAUAUUCUGAUGUAAACAAUUUCAUCAAGA